CCUUACUGCUGAUUUUUGGAAGACAAGUAUUAGCUUCUGACACUUUGGACCGCGAGUUUCAACCGAUGAGCUCGAUGAAGUUCCUGUUGUUUGUAUGGAUUCCAUUGGCAAACAGUCUUGUAAAUCCGAGCAGCAACAAAUCAAUUUCAAAAAGUUUGGGCCAAACUUCUGGUUCUUCUUAUUUCAAUGCUUCCAACGUAGCGUGCCCUUGGCUUUGCGAGAGUGGGUGGACUUACUUCGACAAAACUGAUUCUUGCUACAAGACAUUCCUUGAUGCAAAUGCUUACGAUGCCGAAUACAUCUGUAACAGUCUUGGAGGACAUUUGACUUCGAUACACAGCUCCGCCGAAAAUGUUUUUGUAGCCGAGCUGGCAAGAAUGGGUAAGCAAUGGAAAGAUUACCACGACUUGACCUGGAUCGGUUUAUGGGCUAAAGGUAAUGGAAGAAAGGUAUGGACCUGGACUGACGGCACAAAAGUGGACCAUCUAGAAUGGGUUGUGGGUGCACCUGAUGCUCCUGACAAUGAGCGAUGCGUGAUGCUGUACAGUGAUCAUCGUCUCGACUCGCAUUAUGGUGUUUUCUAUCAGAAAUGGGAUGACUGGUAUUGCGCCGAGAAACAGAGAGCGUUCGUGUGUAAGAAGACGGCUCUGCACUAGAGCUACAUUUACGUGCCAUAACGAAUCUAUGAGAAACAAGUAAACCAAAAAAUUGUUUCAAGACUCUGCUACAACC